GCUUUGUGCUCUGCAGAUUAUCUACUCUGCUGCGACCGUUUUUUCAUGGUGUUCUGCAGAUUCUCUGCUCUGCUGCGAGCCCUUCAAUCCAAAAGUUUUUCUUUUAUAUUUUUUGUUGCGGAUCUGUUUAUUUGUAUUACGCUGGACUUGAUGCGCGGAGGGGACUAUCAAUUUACUUUCUAGGGGUUCUCCAUGUUUAGGGGGUUUGUUAGUUCUCGGUCAGAUCUAGUUGUAUUUAUCGUUUUCAAGCAAUAAGUUCUUUUUUUGUCCGCAAAAUCUGUGUUUUGCGGGUGGGGCAACUUGCUCUUUGAUUUUGCUGGUUCAAGCUGUUUUCGUCGGUUAUACGGUGAAGGAUUUAUAGCGCGGAUCUUAGUUUUACUUCCUCUGGAAUUAGGAAUAGUUGCAGCUUGACAUUUAUUUAAAUAAAAGGUCGUCAAACCGCCAAUCCACGGGCUGUUGUUUGCUAGCAUCAAUCGUAGAGUGGUCAGUUCAGUGUUCACAGAUCACAAAUGAUUUAUCUCAGGUGGGUCUUCUGAUUAGAACUGAGUAGCACAGUUAAGUUUGUAGCACAAUUCCUAACUGAACCUUGUGAUGCUAGAUGCUGCAAUUGCUGUGAUUUUCCAAUUGCCAUCGAGUUGUGUAAAUUGAGACCGAGGAGAAUUUUCUAGAUAGUAUGUGAUAUUAUUUUUAGGUUCUGAUAUCGUUUUUGUACUCAAUGUGCUUCUCUCAAGUCUCAACUAUAGAGUUCAUACUAUCAUGUGUACUUUAGCUAGAUUUUUUAUGAAAUGACUGAUUGAAGGUUUUCAUGUGUUCAGUAGACAUGCCUCGCUAUGAUGAUCGUUAUGGGAACACACGCUUGUAUGUUGGCAGACUGUCCUCCCGCACUCGUACCCGUGAUCUGGAAUAUCUUUUCAGCAAAUAUGGAAGAAUACGAGAAGUGGAGUUGAAGCGCGACUAUGCAUUUAUUGAAUUCAGCGAUCCUCGUGAUGCUGAUGAUGCACAAUACAACCUAGAUGGCAGGGAAGUUGAUGGCAGCCGCAUUAUCGUUGAGUUUGCUAAAGGGGUUCCUCGUGGUUCUGGUGGCUCACGCGAGUACAUGGGAAGAGGGCCUCCGCCAGGGACAGGUCGCUGUUUUAACUGUGGAACUGAUGGUCACUGGGCAAGGGAUUGCAAGGCUGGUGACUGGAAGAACAAAUGCUACCGUUGUGGAGAAAGGGGCCACAUAGAAAGAAAUUGCCAGAACAGUCCAAGGAAUCUCAGGCGUGAGAGAAGUUAUUCACGGUCACCAUCUCCACGCCGUGGACGGGGGCGCAGCCGGAGCUACAGCAGAAGCCGGAGCUAUAGCCGUUCUAGAUCCCCAUCUGGAUCUCCCAGGGGUGGACGCCGAGACCGUGAUGAGAGGAGAUCAAGGAGUCUUAGCUACAGCAGGAGCCCCAGGCGUUCUGCUUCACCAAGUGCAAAGGAAAAGGAGCGCAGCUCCACACCUAACGACAGUAGGAGCCCAAGGAGUCCCCGCCCAAGGGAUCAGAUGAGCCCGCCACCAAAGGACAAUGGUGAACGCAACGGUUCAGACCGUGGUGACAGCCCUGUGAGGAGGGAGAACAGCAGGAGCAGGAGCAGGAGCAGGAGCCGUAGCCCAUCUGAUGGCUACCGUAGCCCUGCAGCCAAUGGGCGCAGCCCGAGCCCUAGAGAUGACCGGAGCCCUAGUCCCAAAGGCAAUGCUGGUGAUGAUGAUGGCGGCCGGGGUUCACCAAGAGGAAGCCAGUCCCCCUGAAAACCUUCCAUCCCAGUUUGAGAUGCAGUGUGCCGAUUCAGUUGUAAUAGUUACAUUUUCAGCUUUAAGACAGAACUGUAUUUGCCACCCAUUUUCUCGACGACUUGUGCUUUUGUGAGCCAGAAACUUUUGUAAGGAUCUGUUGCCCUCGGGCUAUCCCUGCUUUGUAACGUUGAUAUUUGAACUUCUUAGACCGCUAAAUUUGGAUAUUUGCCAGAUAAUUUGCCCUCGUGGCAGCCA